GAUAACAUUUUGGGAAACUUAUAUAUAAGUAUUUCUGAUUUUUUUUCCAAAUAUGCACACAGUCUCUAUCACAACCAAAGCAAUUCAAAACUCCUUUGAUUACCCCAAAAAUUGAAAGGCCAAGAACAACAACAACAAUUAAUCAUGCUUUCUUUUUCCUUUUUUAGCUUUCUUUCAUAUUUUGCAAUCAAGAUGAUUCAGUUUUCUAAAUUAGCAUUGUUAAGAGUUCAAAGACAAAAAAUGGAGAUGGUAAUAACCAUGGAGAAUUUGCCACAAGAAUUGGUAUCCAACAUCCUCUCAAGGUUGCCUGCAAGAAAGUUGUUGAAAUGCAAGUGUGUUUGCAAAUCAUGGUUGCAUCUCAUAGCUGAUCCUCAUUUUACAACCAAUUACUAUUCUUUCCACAACCAAAUUUAUAGCCAAGAGGAGCAUCUCUUAGCCAUUCAAAGACCCUUUUUUCCUAGACUCAAGACUAAUAUUUCUCUUCUUUCUUUGACUUUCAAUGAUCCCAAAAACCAUGUUAACUCUACUCUUUUGAACCUUCCUGAAGAAUAUAAUUCUGAUCACAAAUAUUGGUCUGAAAUCAUGGGACCAUGCAAUGGCAUAUACUUCCUUCAAGGAAAUCCAAAUGUCUUGAUGAACCCUUCUCUAAGACAGUUCAAGUCUUUACCUGAAUCCCAUUUGACAGAUUCAAAUGGUAUUUAUUCUCUUACUGAUUAUGCUAGUUUUGGUUUUGAUCCCAAAAGUAAUGACUAUAAAGUUGUUAUGCUCAAAGAUAUUUGGUUAAAGGAAACAGAUGAUAGACAAAAAGGUUUUUGGACAGCUGAGUUAUACAGUCAUAAGUCUAACUCUUGGAGAAAACUUGAUGCUAAAACUCUUCCUCUUCCCAUUGAAAUUUGUGGUUCAUCUUUAUCUAGGGUUUAUACUUAUGUGAACAAUUGUUGUCACUGGUGGAGCUUUGUUAACAAUGAAUCUGCAGGUAUAAAAGAAGAUUUUAUUUUGUCAUUUGACAUGGUCAAUGAAGUCUUCAGAAAAAUUAAAGUACCAAAAAUAUGCGAGUCUUCAAAAGAAACUUUUGCAACAUUAGCUCCCUUUGAGAAAUCUAGUACAAUUGGUGUCAUUGUUUACCCUAUAAGAGGAAAUGUGAAACACUUUGAUGUUUGGAUGAUGAGAGAUUAUUGGGAUGAAGGGUCUUGGAUUAAGCAAUACAGUGUUGGGCCUAUUGAAUAUGUGGUUGAUAGGCUUAUGGUGUUCAAUGGGAGUAAUCGUUUUCUUUGGAAAUGCAAUAAUGAUGAGUUGGUGUUGAAUGAACAUCAAUCGUUUUUUUGUGAUGAGUCACAAAAAAGAAGGGAUCUAAAAGUCAGAGAUUAUGACAAGUUUGAUGAUUCAUUUAGAGUUGUUGUAUACAAGGAAAGCCUUGUUUCACUUCAAAGUGGGGCAUAACCAUUUAUGAAAUGGUCCACUUAAGGUGUAUUUAAUUUUUCUCUUGCCAUAUACAUUUCAAAAUUUCUACUAAA